CUCGGCCCGGCGCAGUCAUGGUUCCCCCGGUGAGGUACUGCGUCCCCGGCGAACGUCUGUGUAACUUGGAGGAGGGCAGCCCGGGCAGCGGCACGUACACCCGGCACGGCUACAUCUUCUCGUCGCUUGCCGGCUGCCUGGCCAAGAGCAGCGAGAACGGCGCGCUGCCUGUGGUGUCUGUGAUGAGAGAGACGGAAUCCCAGUUAAUGCCGACUGUGGGGGCUGUUGUAACCUGUAAGGUUUCCAGCAUCAAUUCCCGCUUUGCCAAAGUGCACAUUCUCUACGUGGGGUCCACGCCCCUUAAGAACUCUUUUCGAGGAACUAUCCGCAAGGAAGAUAUCCGAGCUACUGAAAAAGACAAGGUUGAAAUUUAUAAGAGUUUCCGCCCAGGUGAUAUUGUCUUGGCCAAAGUGAUCUCUCUAGGUGAUGCACAGUCCAACUACCUGCUGACCACAGCGGAGAAUGAGCUGGGCGUGGUGGUGGCCCACAGUGAAUCAGGUGUCCAGAUGGUUCCCAUCAGCUGGUGUGAAAUGCAGUGCCCCAAAACCCACACUAAAGAAUUCCGGAAAGUGGCGCGCGUCCAGCCAGAGUUCUUGCAGACCUGAGAAGCCUCUCCUCCCCGCACAGAGGGCGGCGGCCUGGCUCCAAGAGGGCAUGCGUGAAAGUAGCAGACCCUAGAGACUCCAGAGGGAUGUGCCAGCCCCGUGCUCUGUUAGCAGAGCAAUCUGGACCGCCUGUGGGUUCCCAGCUCUCCAGGGAGGAAGCACCUCUUCUCCAGGCAUCAGCAUAUCAGCCUUGUAAUGCUGUGUAAAGCCUUGGCCUCCUGAUACACCUUAUAAGUACGUGGUUUUUCACUGUGACAAAGAAGCCGUUUUUAUUAAAAGGCCUUUAUAGUUUCA